UUUGCUAUCACCUGACCGGAAGCCAUUCACCCGCAGCUCCGACACAGACACAGAGAGUGACACAGACCCUCACACUCACACUGACAGACACAGUGACACAGACCCUCACACUCACACUGACAGACACAGUGACACAGACCCUCACACUCACACUGACAGACACAGUGACACAGACCCUCACACUCACACUGACAGACACAGUGACACAGACCCUCACACUCACACGGUCACAGCUGAAGGGCAGAGGGUCCGCAGAUCAACACCGGCUUUCUUGCAGUUAAAGUAGCGACAAUGAAGUUAAUUAUCUUGGAUAACUACUCGAUGACCAGUGAGUGGGCGGCCAAAUACAUCAGGAACCGGAUCAUCGAGUUCAGCCCAGGUCCAGAAAAGUACUUCACGCUCGGGUUACCGACUGGAAGCACUCCAUUAGGAUGUUAUAAGAAGCUGAUUGAAUAUUACAAGAACGGAGAUUUGUCUUUCAAAUAUGUGAAAACCUUCAACAUGGAUGAAUAUGUGGGCCUUCCGAGGGACCAUCCAGAGAGCUAUCAUUCCUUCAUGUGGAACAAUUUCUUUAAACACGUUGAUAUAUUGGCUGAAAACGCCUACAUUCUGGAUGGGAACGCACCUGAUCUGAAGGCUGAAUGUGAUUUAUUCGAAGCGAAGAUUAAAGCAGCAGGAGGAAUCGAGCUGUUCCUUGGAGGGAUCGGCCCAGAUGGUCACAUUGCGUUCAAUGAGCCAGGAUCCAGUCUGGUGUCACGGACCAGAGUGAAGACUUUGGCAGUGGAUACGAUAUUGGCCAACGCCAGGUUCUUCGACAGUGACCUGUCCAAAGUGCCGACUAUGGCUUUGACUGUUGGUGUAGGGACUGUCAUGGAAGCCGCAGAGGUGAUGAUUCUCAUCACAGGAGCUCAUAAGGCCUUUGCUCUGUACAAGGCAAUUGAGGAAGGUGUCAAUCACAUGUGGACGGUGUCAGCUUUCCAGCAACAUCCAAGGACCAUCUUUGUGUGUGAUGAGGACGCCACAUUGGAACUCCGUGUAAAAACAGUCAAAUAUUUUAAAGGUUUGCUUCAUGUUCACAAUCAGCUUGUGGAGCCAUUACGCAGUAUGAAACAAGAUGCUUCGGUGAAGAAAACUUACAGUGAUUAAAAUUCAGAUCAGAGCCAUGAUCACACUCCAUCAGAAUGCCUGGAGCAGAGAUAGACCUGGACUACAGCCACUUCCAAUAUGACUUGAUUGUUUGAAAGAGGAGCUGAAGGAAACUAAUCGUGCACUAAGAGGAUUGUGUAAUCACAGAAAUUAUGUAACUUCCAAAUAGUUCUCAUAUUAUCUUCAUUAUUAUUCUGAAAGAGAACUUUUUAAGGGUAGGUUUUGGAAGAGAGAAUUCCUUAAUCUAACAACGCUGUUGAGAACAAUGAGUCAUCUUAUUCUAAGGUUUUCUAUUAUGAAUUUUAAUGACUCAGCACUUUGGGACGUCCUCCCGACGUGAAAGACGCUCUAUAAAUGUAAUUUUGGUGGUGGUGUUGUUGUUGACUAUCAUGAUCUACAAUCACUUUCUGAAAACCUACAUUUCUAAACCAUUCCGCUUGAGAGAAAAUGUGGAUUUUGUUUUGCUCGGAUUUGACUGAAUAUAUAAUACAUUUUGAAAGGCUUUUAAAUACACAUCGUUUUGCUU